AUGAAGGUGUCCACUGUCCUCUUCUACAUUGCCCUCGGCGCUGCCUCUGCCCGAGCCCUGCCCGCCGAGGCCGCUGGUGAGGUUGUCGUCGACCUCGAGGCCCGCGACUAUGUUGAGGUGGAGGAGCCCGAGGUCUACGGGGGCGGCAUUGACGUCCGCCAGGACUCCGAAGUCCCUGAAGGCGACUUGGACUUGGAGGCGGGCCCGGUCCAAGGCAGACUGGAAGCCCGCGACAACUUGCCCGGCCUCAAUGCCCUCCAGUCCAAGUAUGCCCGUGGCAUCAUCGCCCGGGCCAAGCAGGACAGGGUCGGCGCCCACGGCUGCCAGGCCGGCAUCGCCACCGCCCUCACCGAGUCGGGCGCUCAUCAGUCCGCUCUCAUCAUGUAUGCCAACAAGGCGGUGCCCGCCUCCAUGAAGCUGCCUCACGACCGCGUCGGCUCCGACCACGACAGCGUCGGCCUCUUCCAGCAGCGUGCGUCGGUCUACAGGGAUGUCAGGUGCGACAUGGACGCGGCCUGCUCCGCGGGCCAGUUCUUCGCCGAGAUGAAGCGCGUCAGGGGCUGGCAGAACAUGCCCGUCGGCACGCUUUGCCAGCGCGUCCAGCGGUCCGCGUACCCCGACCGCUACAACAGGGCUGUCCCUACCGCCGCAAAGGUCUGCAGGGCCGGCGGCCUCUGA